AUGAGGCAGUUGCUCAGUUUGUUUAGUUUUCUAUUGCCAUUGGUUAAGGUCAGCUGGAGCUUAUCUAUUCCUGAGCUGGUGCAGCAAAUGCACAGACAGCAAAAGCUUGACUAUCUACUGAUUGUUGGUGACUCUGAGAGAGCUCCAGCUCCUUUCUGGUCCGAGUUGCAGUUGCCUUUCAUUGUGCUUAAUAACAUCUCAAAAUCGAACUAUGAAUUGGACACACUUCACUCCAGCAACUUGAUGAGCAUUGUUUUUGUUGAGUCACCAGCUGAGAGCUUGCUGGAAUUUGUGGCUUUAAAUCUAGGAUUGUGGAGCACAGCGCCUUUGUUGUUAAUACUGCAAAAGGAGCUGCAAGUGGAUGCAAUUUUUCAAUGGUGCUGGCAACACAAACAGCUGCUCAAUGCUCUCGCUAUUUACGAAAAUUUUGAGGCAACUGGACUGCUUUAUAGCUACUCGCCUUUUCCCAUAUUUCAGCUUGACGAGCGACGCAUCGACAACUCAACUAAUCCCAUUCUGCUGCCUCGCUUAAAGGAUCUUCAGGGCUAUCGAUUGCCAACUUUAGUGGGCGGUUCUCCGCCUCGGCUCAUCGUCUAUCGACGUUCAGAUAACGAACUUUUCUACGGCGGCUUUGUGGGUCACUUGAUGCACUGCUUCGAGGUGAAGUACAACUGCAGAUUGAAGCAACUGCUGCCCAUGAACGAAUCAACUUUGGUGCCGGCGCAGCAGCUCAGAGGCGCAGUUCUCAGUGGCAAAGUGCAGUUUGCUUUGGCUGCCAUUUAUACGGAGAAGCCUUCGAAUAACUACACGUAUCCCUUCGAGCUGCUUAAUUGGUGCCUGAUGAUGCCUGUGCCUGGCCUGGUUCCGCACAGCGAGCUCUACAGCCGAGUGUUGGGUUUCCACACAUUCCUCAUCAUUCUCAGCGCUUUAAUACUGACUUCUUUCCUGCUCUCAGUUAGUUUGCGACGACAUGGGUAUCGAGUGCAGCCUGAUGAGUUUCUCUUGCAUGACAAUUGCCUGAGAGGAGCACUGGGACAAUCCUUUAAGGAAGUGCUACGUGCACCGAUUUUUGUGCGCGGCAUUUAUCUGCAAAUCUGUGUGCUGGGCUUCCUGCUCACCGCCUGGUACAACUCUUACUUCUCUGCCUACAUCACAAGCGGUCCUCGAGAGAAACCCUUCUCAAGUUUCGACAACAUCUUAAAGUCUCAUUUCAAGAUUGUCAUCUGGAAUCCAGAGUAUCAGCAGCUCAUCAGGUACUCGGAGAAAAUGCAACGCUACGAGGCCAUCUUCAAUAUCGAGCCGGACUUUGAGCGGUUUCUCAAGAGGCGCGACUCCUUUGACACGCAGUUUGGCUACAUGAUGCCCCACGAGAAGUGGAACAUCAUCGAGCAGCAGCAGCAGGUCUUCACCUCGCCACUGUUCACCUUUCGCGAGGAUCUCUGCGCCUUUCGCGGCAUCCCGGUCGCCUUUCCCAUUGCGCCCAACUCCGUGUUCCGCGAGCCUCUGGAACGCCUCAUCGGAGAGGUGACUGCCACUGGCCUAAUGGCCCACUGGCGUGACAUGGCGUUUAGUGAAAUGAUAACUGCCGGCAAAUUGAGUCUGGCCGAUCUUAGCGAGUCAAACGAGUUCCGCGCCAUGCACCUGAUGGAUCUGCACCACAUUUUAAUCGCCGGCACAUUGAUGAUGACCCUCGCUUUCAUCGUAUUCCUGCUCGAGCAAUUACACUUCUACUGUAAAACCAAACUUGGACGUCAUCUGCCUCUUGUUUAACUUGAAGAGUCUAUGCCUCGUGGCUAAUUGAAAACUUAAUUGCUUUAAUAAGCAGUCCAGAUAAUCUUAUUCUGUAAUUAAUUUCAAAUGGAUAAUAAUCGUUUUGAUUAAUUGCAA